AUGGGUCUUGACUUUGGUCAGGCGAUUGGCACUGCUUGUGCAACAUUCGCCAUCACCAAUGUCGACGACAUUUUUGUUCUCGUCGCGUUUUUCGCCGAGUCUACGACGAGUCGCUCGCUUACGCCUGUCAAGAUCACUAUUGGACAAUAUGUUGGUUUUACGGUUAUUGUUGCCGUGAGUAUGAUUGGCUUUGGCGCGUCUUUACUCAUUCCCGCCGAACCAAUUGGAUUUCUCGGUCUCUUACCAAUAUUGCUGGGUAUAUGGUGGAUUCUUGGUUUUGUUUUCAACAAGGAUGAAGAUGAGGGGGAGUCUUUGGAUGAAGAGUUGACGACUGCCGAUGGAUUUAAGAGUGUUUUCAAGGUCGCUUCUAUUACUGUCAUGAAUGGAGCGGACAACAUCAGCACGUACAUUCCUCUCUUUGCAGAAGCAAAAGCAGCAGAACUUGCGAUAUAUAUCGUCGUUUACUACAUCAUGCUCGGCUUAUGGUGCCUCGCUGCAUAUUUCAUCAUGCGACAAAAGCAUAUUCUACGCAUCGCCCAGAAAUAUGCUCGCAGGUUGGUGCCGUUCUUCUAUGUUGGCCUCGGAAUCUUCAUCAUCGUCAACUCGGAGUGUUAUCCUUGGGCUAUUGAAGAGAUUGAUGAUGACAUCGCUUCGCAUCCUGGCAAGAUCGUCAUGGGAGUUACAACUGCUGGUCUGUUGGCCAUCUGCAUUAGUAUGAUGCUUUGGAGGAAGUUAAGCCAGAGAUCAGAAGAGGUUCUCGUCGAUGAUGCCUCGUCUGCUGCCGAUGAUCAACGGGGGUCACAAGAAGGAGGGCGAGACACAGAACAACAAGGUGGAGAACAUUCUGAAGUCAUCAGAGACGAAGGUGAGGUCGAUGGUCCUACGAGCAAAACCGGGGCACAUGUCAAGAAUGUCCCUGUUGACAUUCCCAGGGAGGGAGGAUCAGCGGUAUGA